AUGCUGGACCACAUGCUGAAUGGCUACAAGAUCAAAGCCGGACCUAUGGAAGGAGAGAUGAAUGCAGUCAUUCUGUUUCUGUCUGGUCUGGAGAAUGUUGAGGUGUACCGAACAGAAUGGUGCAUCUGUGCUCCCGAGGAAGAUUUGGCAGGGUCUAUCGACCUGGUUCUCAAAGACAAGGGCACCGAUUUUUUUCAUCUCGUCGAUUGGAAACGGAGUGAGAAGCUGCAGGACAAGUACAACAGUUAUGGCAAGAAAAUGGCUCCUCCUAUCCAGGAUGUAGAUGACUGCCAAGGACAGCAUUAUCGGUUGCAACUCAACAUCUACAAAUGGAUCUUAGAGAACUACUAUGACAUCAAGGUGCAGCAGAUGAAAGUCGUAUGUGUACCUCCACGUUAUCUUCCACAUGGACUCGUUGACAUUGUUCCGGAUAUGCAAACUACUGUUGCCAAGAUGAUGCAAUGCUGUCGGGACAAGAAAGCUGCCAUCUUCAUGCAAAAGGGUGAAGGUGAGCUUGGUCCUAGCCAGGCCAACGACGUCCCCCCAACCAAAGAUGAAAUGGAGAUUGCCCUGGAAGAGCUCAUGUUGGAGGAAGAGGAUUACCACAAGCGAGAGGCAGAUCUCCGGAACCUCGUCAAACCCAGGAAGAGCGCCAUGACGAACAUUCGUGCGGAUAUCAUCAAGCUGGAGAAGGAGAUCAAGGAGGCGAACGAGGAACUGUCCGUGGACUUCGACUCAGGUGGUGGAGCAGGGAUGCUGAGUAUCAGCCAAAGCGAUCUUGUGCUGAUGAUGAGACAGAUGAUGGAAGCAACAACAGCGGCGAGUACAGCCGCGCAAGCAGCGCUGGCCACAGCAACCAAGGAGCGCAAAUCAGGUCCGAGUGCUGCCAAGAAUGUGAAUCGUGUGUGCGCAGGUGCCGACGAGGAAAGAUGUGGUGGAAGCCAUGCAGCCCAGGGUUUGUUGGACUUUGGUGACCUCGUGAAGGUCCUAGCCCUUAACCCGCACGGGUACCCUAAGCUUCCCAAUCUUCAGCCGGUGACCACAGCUGUGUGCCAUGACCUAGCAUGCACAGAUGGGGAUGGAGAGUGGACAAUCUGUCAUGGCGAAUCUCUUGAUUUGCAAUGUGCUGCACCCGACAACGCCAGAAAGCCUUGCCCUGUCGAGUUGCCUGACCGUGCAGAGGCCAUCGAGGCCUUGGAUGCAGCCACAGCAGCCAGAAGUUUGUGUGCCGUGCAGCGUUCCAGCGGCGCGGCAGCGCACGCCGAACCGGUUGACAUCGAGGUUGUUGUGGACUCAGGGUCCGAUGCUUCUUGCUUGCCGAUGAGUUGGGGAACGAUCGGGCAAUCCGGCGGUGCCGACUCCCAGUGGUACCGCGAUGCCCAAGGAAACCGCAUAUCAGGCCGAGAGAUGCGCACGGCCACGAUCGAGAUUGCUGGGGUAAAGUUCCGUGAGCAUUGGCUGCUUUCGAGCGUUACCCAGCCUCUCUUUUGUGUUGGCAAGCUGAUGAAGCGAAACGGUUGGGACAUCAUCCAUGAUGCUGACAGGGUUCCACACCUCACGAGCCCUGAUGCUAGAGUCCGCGUCCCACUGUUUUACAAGAACUACAGCUUGCAUGCAAAAGGUUUCAUCCGAGGAGUCACGGCCUCCGAGGCCGAUGGUCAGCCAGGCAUCAGAGCACUUGAGAUUUCAGGCCCAUGGCUUGAGUUGUCUGAGGAAUUUCAUGAAGUUGCUCCUCUUGUGUAUGCCCGGCGGGACUUCAGCGAUUGCUUCGUUGAUUGUUCAGUGGCAUUGUCAGUGCCUCACCUGAGCCUUGGAGUGCAGUACCGCACGACGCUUGUGCAGGACGGUUCGAAUUGGAAUGUCAUCGAGUUGAAUCAGGAUCUGUCUUUGCUUGAACAGCCCGAAGCUGGGUUUGAGCCGAAGCAAACGCGGCAUGUGAUCACCAUUGCGUCUUGUGACAAGAUCGAUGUUGAUGUGCUGUUCAAUCAACCUGCAGUCGGCCCGCCCGAGGCCGAGGAUGCAAACAUGUCUGAUGCAGGGCUUCCUGAGUUCCCUGCUGAGUCCCUUGAUGAAUUGCUUGAAGAUGCGCCGGCCGGAGGGAUUGGAGAGGUUGACCCGAGUGAAGCCCCCAUCGGUGCCGACGCAAGUGCAGCGCCAGACAACUCAGAGCCCGCCAGAGGCCACAUCGUUGUUGAUGGAGUUGAGCUGCAUGAAGGUUGCAAUCUUAAGACAUUGCGUGCUGCGUGCAAAGCUCUAGGCAUAGGCCAGAGUGGCGGCAAAGCCACGGUGUUGUCGAGGAUAGCAAGCCAUCUUGACAAGCUUAAGUUGCUGGAGCGUCACCAAGUCCAGCAUGAUUCGAUUGCUUUGCAAAGCGAGCCGCGUCAGCAAGCCCCAGUAGCUUCUCCGACGCCCGAGCAAAUCAGAUUGCACUGCCUGAAUCACAUCCCGUACCAGCCAUGGUGUGAGCACUGCAUCAAGUUCCAGGCCCGUGCUGACAAGCACACACAAGCCAGGCCCGAGACCAGACAGUGCAGCGUGUGUUCAUUUGAUUAUUGCUUUACUGAGAGGCCUGAUGGUGAACGCGGGGAAAAGCUUAUUUGCUUAAUUGCCAAGGAUGCCCACACUGGUGCCUGUGCUGCUAUCCCUACACCUGCCAAGGGAGGUUCGAUAGCUUUUCGUUUUCUAGUUGCCGAGCUUUGCAAGUUCAUCAGCUUUUGCGGUCAUUCUGAAGUCACCCUGCGAUCUGACGGCGAGCCCACUUGCCGAGCGCUGCAACAGGGUGUAAAGGACUUUAGGGAUAAGCUUAAGCUUGUUACGCACCUUGAGCAAGUCGAGAAGGACAGCCAUGAAGGCAAUCCAGCAGAGCAGGCAGUCGAGCAGCUCAGACAAUUGACCGGGACACUUUUGUCUCAGGUCGAGCAUGAAAUGGGCCAGAAAAUUUCAACGAUGUCCCCGGUCCACGCGUGGGCUUGGAAGUAUGCAGCAGGGUUGCACACCAGGUAUGCGCGGACUGAAGCGCACAGCCCCUUCGAGAUCAUCACCGGCAGACCAUAUCUUGGCAAGCUAGUGAAUUUCUGCGAAGUUGUGUAUGCAAGAGUGAAGUCUUCAAUCAAAGGUAAAGCCCGUUGGGUCAAGAUGAUUUCGCUUGGAAAGCUUGGAAUUUCAGAUCUGCAUUUUGGGGCCACGCAAGGAGGUUUUCUGAUUUCCAGCCGGAGUGUGCGGCGAUUGCCUAAGCAAUUUGACGCGAAUUUUCUUGAGUACGUUCACGACAUGCCUUGGACACAAGCCUCGUUCCUGGCGGGGCAGUCAGGGCAGUCGAGGCUCCAGAAGUCGAUUGCAGGCAAGAGUGAGGAGGCCAGCGACCAAGCCAAGUUGCCAGAAGUCGUUGCCAAUGAUGGGCCGAGGCCCAUGCUGCGUCCAGAGCCUCUUGUGCCAGAUGAUACUGCUUUGUCUGCAUUUCUUCCGCCACCUCCAUUGCUGAUUUCGCCAGAGCCUCCGACCCCUUUGCGAGUGAACCCCUCGCUUGGCCGAGCUACUGAGCCUGCCACACCGGCCGAUAUGCUUCCUGCAUUGUCACCUGUUCCGGAGUCUCCAGCGCCUAUGCUGGUCGAAGAGAGUGCAAGCGCUGGCGGGGAUGCGCCAAUACCACCUGCUGCCGCAAGCAGCAGCGAUGGAUCUGCCAGCACUGGCGGAACAGUUCGCCCGGCACCUGUGCAGGCCGAGCCACCGGCCCGAAAGCGACUGAGGCUAGAUGCUGUUCAGACAGAUGCAAGCGGAAAUCAGUUGUUUCAUCAAGAUGAAGAGGUUGUCCUUGAAGGUGAGGUAGCCGAAGAAUAUCUUGAAUGUGCUGAUGCAGCUGACUGGGUUGAGUAUGAAAGUGAAGCCGAGCUUGAAGUGCCAUCUUGUUUGAUUAGGCCAUUUUCUGAAAGUGAACCAAUUUGCAGCCCUGCACAACUUGAUGAAAUAGAUGCUGUAGCAGAUGCAUUUGAGUUUCAGCGGCUGUCUGGAAUUGGGGUCAUAAGUGAAGUGCCUGAUCGACUUGAAGGCCAUAGAACGCUUACGACCAAAAGCGUGCGGACAUGGAGGCCAAAAGUCUACAAAGGAUCGAAAGUUUGGCUGAGGCGUUCGCGCCUCGUGGCGCGGGAGUAUGCACACUUAGAUCCUGAUAGGCCUGGGUUGUUUUGCCCAACAACGAACCAGAUUAUGCUGCGUGUGAUUCCAGCGCUCUUUCUGAGACGCCGUGAGGAAGGCUGGUCGAUGCUAGCGCUCGAUGUGAGCGAUGCUUUUCUCCAGUGCAGCCAGCAGCAUCCGACGGUCACCCGCAUAGGUGAUAAGUGGUUCAAGUUGUGGCGGAUGCUCCCCGGACAACGGGACGGAAGUGUGACAUGGUACAAUGAUUUCACGAAUGAAAUGAAAGUCGCUGUCGGAGUUGAAUUGCUUCCCGAAAGCCCCGCAUUGUUCAGACUGCCCAGUGGAGCAGGCGGAGGCUAUGUGCAUGUGGACGACAUGCUGGCUGCCGGCCAGACUGAACGGUUGCAGGUUCUUGAAAGUCACUUGAAGUCAAAGUUUAAGGUGUCUAGCGAGUGGCUUGAGCACAUAGGAGAUCAAGUAUCUUUCUUGAAAAGGCGCCACAUCCUUGUAAGCCCCACUUUGCUAGUGAUAGAGCCUGACAUCAAAUACCUUGAUCGCCUCAUGCAAGUCACCGGGUUAGCAAAUGCAAAAGAAAGGUACAAAGCAGCUCCGUUUCCGACCGGAGGUCUGCCCACUGAGCUCGCAUCUGAUCGUGAGUUAGAUGCAGCCACUGCCAGCCGGUAUCGUUCAGGUGUCGGUAUCCUCGCUUAUAUGUCCUCAGACCUUGUGGCGUGUCAAUUUGCGAUUAGAUACCUGACUACCUAUUCUCACUCGCCUACUGAAGGAUCAUGGAAGUUGUUGCGGCAUGUUGCAUCGUACAUCAAUUGCCAUCGCAACCAUGUGAUCGGGCUCUCGAAGCCUGUGUCCGGCAAGGGCCUCGUGUGCGACAGGUCCCGCGAGGAGAAUACGACCGUGCUUGAAGUUUGUUCAGACUCCGACUGGAGCGGUUGCAAAAGAACAAGGAAGUCCGUGAGCUCUUGUGCGAUUCUCUGGGACAACAUGCUGCUAUAUGCGCAUAGCAAAACCCAGAAGACCAUCAGCUUGAGCAGUGCAGAAUCGGAAUACAAUUCCCUUGUGUCCGCUGCGGCAGAAGGUAUUUUCUUGUCAGCAUGCAUCCGAUUCCUCCUUCCUGAUUACACGCUUGAACAGAUUUGCCUUGUAGACAACUCGGCAUGCCGAGCCCUGGCGUGCCGACAGGGAGUUGGGAAAAUGCGCCACAUCAGUGGUAAACUUCUUUGGCUUCAGCAGAUGACUAAGGACAAUGUGCUGUCCGUAGGGCCGAUCCCUACAGCUGAAAAUGUGUCGGACCUCGGCACAAAGCCGCUGAAGGCAGAGCGGAUUGAAAAGCUGCUAGGCAUGAUUGGAAUCAGAUGUGCAGACAGCAACUAUGGUGUUAUCGGGGAGUCCUAUCUCCUCUCAGCGAGGGACAAACUGCAUGUGUCCAGAGUUGUUAAACAAGGAGCGCUUAGCACCCAGCAAAUCAUCCAAGUUCUAGCCAUGCUUCUCCAAGUUGAUCGCGUCGCAAGUGCAGACGAUGAGCCCAAUACGCAGAAUGCCGAGGACGCCUUGAGCCAGGACGACGACAAUCUUGGAGUGUUUGCACAGAUUCUUGAAUGGUUUGUGUACAUGUGUUACCUUGUGCGCGAUUUUGCACUUGAGUAUCCAACUGGGAUUAUGCUGAUCGUACAACUGCUGAUCUUGAUCAUGUUGUGCUGUACACUGCUGAGUCGAAAUCGCGUUGCAGUGUUGAGGCAGCAAGCUGACAGUGAGGAAAGCAGUGCGGCAAGCAGCAACACACCCACGCCGAGUGUUGCCGUGCAUGUGAAGGCGUUCUUCAGAGUCACAAAAGAUUUUCACGUUCACUUUUUGCCUGCAGUCGUCGCGUAUCGCGUUCCGUGUGCGCUUGAGUUGCCCUCAUGGGCGCACAUCAACGGCAACAUGUGCAAGAUGGUCGUGGAAGCCUGCGCCAAGCGAUGCCCCGAGGCCAUCGUCGGCCUCAUCGUAAACCCGAUCAACUCGGUGGUCCCAGCCAUGGCCCGGCUUUAUGAGAAGAAAGGACUGGACCCGAAGAAGAUCAUCGGUGUGACGACUUUGGAUGUCGUUCGAGCCAACAAGUUCGUUUUCGAGGCCACCGGCGCUCCAGUCGACUCCAUCAAUGUGCCGGUUAUCGGCGGUCACGCCGGGAAGUCGGUGCUCCCUGUCUUCUCGCAGGAGAAGGCCUCUGCCGGCUUGCCGCUGGACAAGCGGAAGCUGCUGGACGUCCGACUUCAGGAAGCAGGUGCCGAGGUCGUGCGCGCGAAGAGCGGAAAGGGCAGUGCUACGCUUUCCCUUGGCUACGCAGGGUAUCUCCUCGGCAGCGCGGUGCUGAAUGGUCUGGCAGGCAAACGAUCGACAGAGUGCGCGUACGUGAAGUCCAAUGUUACGGAGCUCGAGUUCUUCACUUCCCCCGUGACCUUCGGGCCAAGGGGCGUCGAGAGGGUGCACCCUGUUCCGCGGUUGGACAACUACGAGCAGGAGCGCCUAGCUGAAGCCAAGACAGUUCUGAAAGAGGAGAUCGACAUUGGUCUCGAGUUUGCGCAAGAGAAUGAGCUGAUCUUUUAG